AGGGUAUGACGUCCAUAGAUCUAAGCUGGGGAAGGUCGGUCGCCUCCCACACAUAUAUAGUGACUGACUGACUGGAUGAUGUAAGACAAGAGAGCUACGUUCCGUUACGCUACGUUCCGUUACGCUACGUUCACUCUGUCUGUUGGGCUUUUAGGGUUAGGGUUAGGGUUAGGGUUUUGGUUUGUGGAUCUAUUGUUGUCGCUGCGAUGGAUCGCAAGAGGGGAAGGCAUGAAGCUGCCUUCAAUUUCAAUGGCGGCGCCAAGAAAUCGAGGCCUGAAAUGGACUCCUUUCCAACUGGUUUAGGAAGCAAAUCGAAGCCAUGCACAAAGUUUUUCAGCACCUCUGGCUGUCCAUUUGGUGAAGGAUGCCACUUCCUGCAUUAUGUUCCAGGUGGAUUCAAAGCUGUCUCUCAGCUGAUCAAUGUUGGUAGCAAUCCUGUUAUUCCUCAAGUUGGUAGAAACCCUGUUCCACCAUCCUUCCCAGAUGGGUCUUCUCCUCCAGUUGUUAAAACUCGAUUGUGCAACAAGUUUAACACAGCCGAAGGUUGCAAAUUUGGUGACAAAUGUCACUUUGCCCAUGGUGAGUGGGAGCUUGGCAGGCCUACAGCCCCAUCAUAUGAAGAUCCCCGUGUUAUGGGACAGAUGCCAAGCAGCAGGGUAGGUGGGCGAGUUGAGCCCCCACAUCCAGCUCAUGGAGCUGCUGCCAGCUUUGGAGCCUCGGCUACUGCAAAAAUCAGUAUCAAUGCUUCCCUAGCUGGAGCUGUCAUUGGAAAAAAUGGUGUCAACUCGAAGCAAAUAUGUCGUGUAACAGGAGCUAAACUUUCCAUAAGGGAUCAUGACACGGAUCCUAACCUUAGAAACAUCGAGCUUGAAGGCAGUUUUGAUCAGAUCAAACAAGCCAGUGCCAUGGUUCACGAAGUUAUUCUAAAUGUUAGUUCUGCCUCUGGGCCUCCAAUGAAAAGCUUUACUUCGCAGAAUUCUGCCCCUGCAAGCAACUUCAAGACUAAGCUGUGUGAAAACUUUGCUAAAGGUUCCUGCACUUUUGGGGAAAGGUGUCACUUCGCACAUGGAAAUGAUGAAUUGCGCAAGUCUGGAAUGUGAUAGCGUUAUAAUUUUGUUUUAGCGAGGUUUGAAUUGUGCAGAAUUUUCUAGUUUUUCAAUUUUUUUAUCAAACAGCUUCUAAUUUGCUACAUGAUAACUGAACUAAUGGUGAGUCUUAGCUCAGCUUCUAAAAUUCAACGCACAUUCAAAUUUGAAAUUUCCUAUUGUCACUUUC